AUGGGCACCAACGUCUACAUCACGCGGGCGCAGCUGAUGAACUGCCACGUCAGCGCGGGGACGCGGCACAAAGUCCUCCUGCGGCGGCUCCUGGCCUCCUUCUUCGACCGCAACACCCUGGCCAACAGCUGCGGCACCGGCAUCCGCUCCUCCAGCAACAACCCCAGCAGGAAGCCCCUGGACAGCCGGGUCCUGCACGCUGUCAAGUUUUACUGCCAGAACUUCGCCCCCAACUUCAAGGAGAGCGAGAUGAACGCCAUCGCGGCCGACAUGUGCACCAACGCGCGGCGCGUGGUGCGCAAGAGCUGGAUGCCCAAGGUGAAGCUGGUGAUGGCCGAGGGCGACUCCUACACCUCCUUCAUCAACGACAUGGGCAAGCUGGAGCCCGACAUCAUGGGCCCCGAGCCCCCCUUCGAGCCCCCCGGCCACGAGGGUGAGGCGGGGACCCCCGGGGAGGGCCUGCAGUGACCCCCCCCUUGAGCUCCCCCCCUCCUUUCUUCCCUGGGCCAACCCCCCCAAUCCUGGGUAGGGACCCCCUCCUGCAAGGGCCCUGUGGAUGGGUAG